AUGGACUCAAUUUCGAUUCAACCUUCGAAACUUCCGAUCGUGACUCAUCUUCAACGUUUAGUGUUUCAAUGCGACUUUGUCAUCCUCAUCGACCUCUCCACAUCAGACGCUCGAGCCUCUGACAUCUUUGAUAAUGAGAACCCAGGAAAGACCUUUCAAACUCUUCAGGUUGAUGCAUGGCUAGUCUUAGAUUGUUGUGGACAGCAUAAAACUUUUUGGAAAGCAAGGCAUUUGGACUGGUUUUGGCUGUAUGUGGUAGCAAUGAACUUUGUAAUGUUAUUCCCAAUAUCUCAUGUAGAACAAAAAGAAUGA